AUGCAGCAGUUCACCAGGGCCCUAUUGGGCGGCCUCUUGUCAAUCUCCCCCCUCGCAGUAGAAGGCUACUCGUGCUCCUCGCCCGCCGAAGCAUGCCUGAUCCUCGCCUCUACGCUGCCGUCUGAGGUGUUCGCGGCACCGAACACGACAGACUACCAGUCGGUUCGGGACGGCUACUGGAGCCAAACCGCCGGAGGCCUGAGCCCGGCCUGCAUCACACGACCCAGGACCACCGAGGAGGUGGCGUCCAUCGUAAAAGUGCUCUCGACCUGCGGCAACGAUGUCAGACUCGCUAUCAAGAGUGGCGGCCACGGCUCGUCCCCAGGAUGGUCCAGCACCGACGGCGGCGUCCUCGUCGCCAUGGACGCCAUCAGCGAGACCCAGAAUGUAGCAGACAAGGGCUACGCUCUCGUCGGCUCCGGCGCCCGCUGGGUAGACGUGUACAAGACCCUCGAGCCCCAGGGCGUGACCGUCAUCGGGGGCCGCUUCGCAUCCAUCGGCGUCGGCGGUCUGCUCCUCGGCGGCGGCAUGAGCUACUUCAGCGGACUCCACGGCAUGGCGUGCGACAACGUGCUCAACUACGAGGUCGUCCUUGCCGACGGCACCGUCGUCAACGCCAACCUCACCUCCGAGCCGGACCUCUUCCGCGCCCUCAAGGGCGGCGGGAACCAGUUCGGCAUCGUCACGCGCUUCACCCUCAAGACGUACCCGCACGCCAACCAGGUCUGGGCCGGCAUCCUGACCUUCUCGCUCGACAAGGCCAAUGAAGUCUUCGCCGCCACGCAGGCCUUCAGCGCAAGAUACGACCCCCAAUCGCACAUCUACCUCAGCAUGGGAGGCGGCGCGAACCCGCAGCUGGACUUCCUCAACGUCUACGUCUUCUACAACGCCUCCUCGCCGCCCGCGGGCGACGCCAGCCCCUUUGCGGGCUUCUACGCGGCUAAACCCACGGCAGAUAGCACCGCCACGCAGAACUUCUCCGCCCUCAUCACGUCCAACAAUAACGGUAACUUGCCCCUGAAGCGCUGGCUCAUCGGCGGCCACACGUUUCCCAACCUCCAAGGGCAGCAGGGCGCGGACCUCUACCUGCAGCAGUGGCAGAACUUCCGCGAAAAAGCCAACGCUACGGCGGCGGGCGACCAGGCGCGCAUCUUCUCCAUGGCGCUGAACGUGAUGGGGCUCGAUGCGGACGCCGGGGACGCCGCGUGGGUGGACUACACGCUCGCCUGGGCGGAGGCCAAGGAUGACGAGAGGAUGUUUGGUUUCGUCGAGGGUAUCAGCGCGGAUGGGGACCGGCUGGCGACGUCGUUUGCGCCUGGGGUGAGGAGCUCGAAUGCUGUUGAGGGCGACGGGGCGGUGUCUGCGGAGAAGGCGGCGUUUUAUAGGACGAAUCCGCGGUAUAUGAAUUAUGCGCUUUUGAAUCAGCCUGUGCAGGCGAGUUAUGGCGAGGAGAAUCGGCGGUUUUUGCGGGAGGUGCAGAGGCGGUAUGAUCCUGCUGGGUUGUGGAGGAGGGAUGGUGGGUUUCUCUGGCAGUAG